AUAACUAAUCUCUUUAUAAAUUAUGUAUUUUUGCAGUUCUUGUAGCUAGCUGACCAUGGCAUCGUCCCUCAAGGCAUUGCUUGUUGAUGAUAUGGCAGUUGAACGCAUGGUUGCCUCCGCCAUGCUGCGGAAGUUUCAUUGCGAGAUCACCAUGGCGAAGAAUGGGAAAGAAGCUGUUGAUAUGUUCCUUGAGGGCAACGAGUUUGAUAUUGUUGUAUGUGAUAAGGACAUGCCCAUAAUGACCGGCCCUGAGGCAGUUGAGAAGAUCCGUGCUAUGGGAGCCAUCGAUGUGAAGAUCGUCGGGGUGUCCGCUGAUGAUAACGCCAUGGAGGCGUUCAUGAGUGCCGGCGCUGAUGACUUUGUGCCCAAACCAGUGAGGCCUGAGAUUCUUGAACCUAUGAUUCAGGAGGUCAUCAAUAAGAAGAAUAAUUAGCGACUGUCUACGGCAAUAAUCUAGCUUGCUUAAUCCCGUCAUCAAGAAAAUUUUAAAUGUUCAGCUAGCUCAUUUCUGCUAGCUCCACUCCUCAUUAUAUUAUUAUUGUCAUGUUGCCGUAUUGUUUCGAGGUCAUGUUAAAGGUCGGACGCCAUUAGCAAGAAGAGCAAGAGAGUCUGCCAACAAAUUGAUUUUAUCUGUAGGUCUUUCAGUUAUAAUCCGCUAAAUUCUGUUAAUUUAUGCUUCAUGGUCUGUGACACGUGCCUGUAUGUGUCGCUUUCCGGAGGAAA